UCUCUCUCUCUCCUCUUUCCCUCUCUCUCUAUAACCAUGUGAUUUACAUGUUUGACAAUGUUCGAUCAUGUCCCUCAGUUCCGGUUGCUAGGGAGGGAAGACAGUCAAAGGCAACGGUGUCCUCAAACCUCCAGCAGCCGAGACUUGAGAAACAGGAUAUUCUAGUUUUAACAAUCCGAGGCGACAGUGAAGUGGACCGAGUGACUGCGCGCAACCGAUAGUUUUCAUAGUAGCCAAUAGAAAAUUCUCCAUCUUGUAAACAGACGACGGUCUCGUGACUUUGAGCAACAAGAUGACAACGUUAACGAUGCCGAAAAUGCAAUAAGUGCACAACCGUUGUCAUCAAAGCGCGAGUGAGUGAGAACCAAAGUGGACUUCGCUUUGCUUUUUCACUUUGCCGUUGGCCAGGUCAACACAUCACCAUCAUCACACAGCUGCGUAGCUGUCUGCGCGUCGCGCCGGGCUCCGAGUUGCUCUCUCGACGGACCAACCUGACAAUCAUCACGGAAAAGGACAUCCAGCUUAAAUCAGACCGUUUCCAUGCGGACCGAAAACUGCGUCCUCACAUCAUCAGAUCCGUGGAACAGGUGACACUGACAUCUGCUCCGUCUGUUGGGCAGAAUUCGAGCUGAUCUGGGAUGAAAUGUCUGGAGCCUGCGGUUAUCGUCUGUCACACAGGGCAGAGAACGAAUCUACUGAACACUUCUAUGGAGUGAAGUAGCCGACUGAAGCGAACAGCAUUCCAAAUGAACGUAGGAUACCCAAAUGGCCAGUCUGCAUCUGUUGGAAGUUUGUGGAGCCAUUUGAUCUGUUCUGGGAAGACAUGUGUAGUCUUAUUUGCAUUGGUCGACUGCUCUGUCUGACCCAAAACAGAAACAAAGGGACUAUUUGUAUCGUAAAAAUUCAGCUUUAUAUUGUUGAGUUAUAUAUUGAGUUAAUUGAUUGUUGUUAUCACCACUACUUUAAUCAUUACUCAGCUGCUUUUGGUUGUUGAUAAUAAUCAAAUAAUCAAUUACAAAUCCAUCAAUAUUAUUGUAAUGUAUAGAUGUCAGUUGACAUCUCAUGUAAUGUGUGGUGGUCAGGGGCCUAUUAGCAGAGAGGAAUCACUGGCCUAUUAGCAGAGAGUAGUCAGGGACCUAUUAGCAGAGAGUAGCCAGGGACCUAUUAGCAGAGAGGAGUCACUGGCCUAUUAGCAGAGAGGAAUCACAGGCCUAUUAGCAGAGAGUAGUCAGGGACCUAUUAGCAGAGAGUAGCCAGGGACCUAUUAGCAGAGAGGAGUCACUGGCCUAUUAGCAGAGAGUAGUCAGGGGCCUAUUAGCAGAGAGUAGUCAGGGACCUAUUAGCAGAGAGGAUUCACUGGCCUAUUAGCAGAGAGUAGUCAGGGACCUAUUAGCAGAGAGGAAUCAGGGGGCUAUUAGCAGAGAGUAGUCAGGGACCUAUUAGCAGAGAGGAAUCAGGGGCCUAUUAGCAGAGAGUAGUCAGGGACCUAUUAGCAGAGAGGAAUUACUGGCCUAUUAGCAGAGAGUAGUCAGGGACCUAUUAGCGGAGAGGAUUCAGGGGCCUAUUAGCAGAGAGUAGUCAGUGACCUAUUAGCAGAGAGUAGUCAGGGACCUAUUAGCAGAGAUGAAUCAGGGGCCUAUUAGCAGAGAGUAGUCAGGAGCCUAUUAGCAGAGAGUAGUCAGGGCCCUAUUAGCAGAGAGGAAUCACUGGCCUAUUAGCAGAGAGUAGUCAGUGGCCUAUUAGUAGAGAGGAAUCAGUGGCCUAUUAGCAAAGAGAAAUCACUGGCCUAUUAGCAGAGAGUAGUCAGGGCCCUAUUAGCAGAGAGUAGUCAGGAGCUUAUUAGCAGAGAGGAAUCACUGGCCUAUUAGCAGAGAGUAGUCAGGGACCUAUUAGCAGAGAGUAGUCAGGGACCUAUUAGCAGAGAUGAAUCAGGGGCCUAUUAGCAGAGGGUAGUCAGGGACCUAUUAGCAGAGAGUAGUCAGUGGCCUAUUAGCAGAGAGGGAUCAGGGACCUAUUAGCAGAGAGGAAUCAGUGGCCUAUUAGCAGAGAGAAAUCACUGGCCUAUUAGCAGAGAGUAGUCAGGGACCUAUUAGCAGAGAGUAGUCAGGGUCCUAUUAGCAGAGAGGAAUCACCGGCCUAUUAAGGAACACGAUGCCCCCUGUUGCUGCGGGUCCUGCCAUUGGCUCCUUUCUCCAACAGUUCAGAGUAGGAGCCUCCGACCGGGCUGACCAGUCUCAGAACCAGCAACAGUCUCUGUCACAGCCAGUCCAGCCUCAACCAGACCAUCUUCAAACCCAGCCUCAGUUCAGACUCAGAGCAACAGUCCAUAGUCAUACAGGUGAAGAGCCUCAGAACUGGCCUCAGACCGAGACCCCAGAUACAGCCCCGUACACGUCCUCAGACACUGUCCCAUCUUGACCAACCUAAGCUCCAGACUCAGACCCAGCCUCAGACCCAGCCUCAGCCCCAGACAGUGUUGGAGCCCCAGUCUCAGCCCCAGACAGUGUUGGAGCCCCAGUCUCAGCCCCAACCCCAUUUUAAGACGAGGCUUCAGCCUCAUCCCCUGAUUCCAUCCUGACUCAGCCAGUAUCCAACGGCAGGCUGUCGGGCCACGGGCGUAGCAACGGGCACGGCAUGGGCAACUCCUCCAGGAAGGAGGAGGAAGAGAAGGAGAAAGGGAAGGAUAAGGAUGCGGAGAAGGCGAAAGUAAUGGAGGAGGAGAAGAGGAGGAGGAGGAAGAAGAAGAUGAAGGAGGAGAUGGAAGACGACGAGCUGCCCCUAGGGGUGGAGGAGAUGCUGGCGAGCGGAGAUCCCGUCUUGGAUCUGAGCUAUAAGAAGUUCCGCAGGUUGCCCGGUGUGGUCUGUGGGCUACGUCACCUGGAGAAGCUGUAUGUGUGUCGUAACAGCCUGCGGACCCUCCCGGAGAACAUCGUCCAACUGAAGGGCCUCCGCAUCCUGGCUCUAGACUUUAACAAGAUGGAGAACGUCCCGUUGGCCAUCUGUCAGCUCCGUAACCUGACACGUCUCUACCUGGGCUCUAACCGCCUGAUGUCUCUCCCUCCAGAACUACGUAACCUUCAGAGUCUCCGCUGCCUCUGGAUGGAGAGCAACUACUUCACACGCUUCCCUCGCCAGCUCUACGACUUACCCCACCUCAGGUCCCUCCAGAUGGGGGACAACAGGCUGCGGACUCUGCCCCCGGACCUGUGGCGUAUGGAGGCUCUGCGAGGGCUGUGGCUCUACGGAAACCGUUUCACAGAGUUCCCCCGUGUCUUACUCCGCAUGGUGGAUCUGGAGAUUUUAGACCUGGACAAGAACAAGAUCGAGGUGUUCCCUAAUCUGAGCCGGCUCCCCGCCCUCCGCCUCUUCUCCUAUGACCACAACCCAGUGGAGGGGCCUCCCGGCGUGGGGGAGGAGGUGCUGCUGGUGGGAGAGGGGGCCCAGGAGGAGCUGCAGGACCGAGUGGACAGGAAGGCUAAGAAGGAGCAGGAGGCGAGGGACGCGGAGGAGGCUGCGCUGGCCGGGGAUGGGCCUGUGAUCCAGGGCAUUCUAAAGACGGCCAAACAGAACAGUGCGUCGCACCCAGGACACAAGCAUGACGAGGCCAUGCCCCUAACCGAGGAGGAGAGGAGGAAGAAGGAGAUGGAGGCGGAGUUAGAGAAGGCGUUGAACGACUACGGGGCGGGGCUUGAAUACGACUUGGAGGGGAUAGAAUACGAGAAGGAGGAGUUUAUAUGUGAGGGGGAGGGGUAUGAUGGCGGGGAGUUGGAGUACGGACGAGGAGAUAUAGACUAUGAGUAUGAUGAGGGGGAGGAGCUAGAGGAACCAGGAAGACAAGUGGGCCGGUAUUGAUGACUGACUAACUUCUCCCCUUCCUAAGCCUCUGACUCCUCCUCUCCUAAGCCUCUGACUCCUCCUCUCCUAAGCCUCUGACUCCUCCUCUCCUAAGCCUCUGACUCCUCCCCUCCUAUGUCUAGACUUGUUUGAAAUUACAGCAGACAUUGCAGGUGACGGACUGAUCUUACAAGUCACCUUGCAAAAUAAAUCACUACUUAAAAUUAUUUGUAGAUCAGUCAGUCAGUCACAAUUUACCCACAAUCCAUCACAGAUGUGACGCUCUCGGACACAGCCUCUGACUACUGCAACACUCUCAGGGCUAUAGGAGGUGAUGUGAAAAAAAAAACACCCAGGAAUUAUCUAGCAAGGUUAUCAAAAAUAUUUUUCCUCUGCCUUUCUUAGCUCCAGCUGUCAUAACAAUGCCCAACUAGAGGGUUGUUGAACUUUUAGUAACUCUUGUGUGAAAUGAAUUAACGACUAGCCUCCUGAACCUGUGGCUUUAAUAUGUGACUUUCUCUUUCUCUCUGUAGUUAGCAUUAGGACAGGGCUGACACUAAAUGACUAAACUCAUUACAUGUUUUUCUAACUGACCUGUGAAGAUAUAUUAAUGCACUGCACGUUGUGGGAAUGAAGGCUGGAUGGAUGAUGGCUGGAUGGAA